AUGAUCAAAAAUACAAACGGAGAGGACUUUUCAACACCGUCGUACCAACCAAAAGGAAAAAAUCAAGAAAAGUAUCGAAAAUAUGAAUCGGUUGGAAAAUACAAAACCGAAUCAAUUUUAUCAGAAGAAGAAUUUAACCGUCACGUUAAAUCAAGUUCAAAUAAUUAUGAUAGAUAUGAAAAAUGCCUCGAAUGCACUCCAAAAAGUAUUAUUUUCAAUAAUUAUCAAAAGGAUAAAGUAUACACGCAAACUGUCAAAAUAACAAAUGUGGGAUUGGAACCCAUACAUUGCAGAUAUUUUGGAAUAACGGUUCAUACAAAAGUAAACGGAUGUUUUCCAAUCGGGGUAGCCGUUAGGGAUAACGUUAUUCUCAGAUCAGGAUUAGUUUUCUGUACGAAAAUUCGUCUUUGUAAUUCAAACGAAGAGGAUGCGAUUAAUUGUUCGAUCGUUUAUGAAACGAGAAGACGAAGUCAACCGUAUCAACAUUCUUAUUUUUUAGUACCCGUUUCUUGUGUACCCGCAAGAGCAAUCGUUCAGAUAACGCCAUUAAGAAUAAUACAAAGCGUACAAUUAUUUUCUGAAAAAUAUCACAUAAUCGUACCACCAUUCACUAUUAAAAAUAUCCAUGUUAAAUUCAUACCUGAAUAUAAAGGAUUUCAUGAAGAAAUUCAUAUUUUUCAAUUCGAAAAUUGUUACAAUUGUUUAGAAGAAAAAAUCGAACUUAUCGGUGACAUAAAAAAAAUUCCAUUAAUCGUCGAACCUGAAAUUAUUGAUUUUAAAAUAUGCGUUGCCAACAGCGGAGUUUAUUCGACAAAGUUUAAAGUUACCAACGUUGGAAAAGGACCAUUUUCAGUUUGUGUAAAAAUAUCAAAAUUAAUGAAAAAACACGUUCGCGUUUAUCCAAAGGAAACAUUAAUUCAAUCUAAUACUCACUGCGAUUUUUCCGUUAGAUUACAUCCAAGGUAA